UAUCGAAUUAAGUUAUUUCACUAAUUUAGUAAUUUUAAAAAACAUUUUAUUUUACUCAAAUUUAGGAUAAGAAUUGCAAAAAGAAAGAUUAUUACAAUGUUCGAGUAACAAGCAUUAUAUAUCAAGUAACAUAUACAUUUCUUAAGCUAUUUCUUUAAUUCGUUUGUUAAAGAUUCGUUUACGAAUAUGUAAUGUCAGAACGCGGUUUAUUCCUUUGUUUCGGUGUCCUAUUUAAUAGCGUUUUAUCUUAAGAAAAACAAAUAUUGUAACGAUGCGAGAAGAUAAAAUAUUUAAUCAAUGCUACCGACAAAGCCAAUUAGAUCGUUAUAAAUAUCAUUUAUAACCUUGCCUCCAAUUUAAUCUGUAGUAGACGAACGUCAGGAGAAUAAUACAGGAGAACUUUGUAAAAGUACUGAUGUUUAUAAUUCUCAUGCUAAAAUAUUAACAAAUUAAUACAUUACUAAAAUUAAAAGUGCCAAUGAAACUUUAUAUAUAUUAAAGUAUAUAACUAAAAAUGAAGUUUGCAGAACAUCUAUCUGCUCAUAUUACGCCUGAAUGGCGUAAGCAGUAUAUUAGUUAUGAGGAAAUGAAAGCAAUGCUUUAUACUGCAGUGGAGGAGGCACCUUCUUCAGAAAGUGUAGAACCAGAAGUGAUACAAAGGCACUUUGCUUCCUUCGACGAAGUAUUUUUUACAUUUUGUGAUCGUGAAUUGAAAAAAAUUAAUACUUUUUAUUCUGAAAAAUUAGCAGAAGCAACACGUAAAUAUGCAGCAUUACAAAAUGAAUUGAAGACUGCUUUAGAAUUGCAACAUGGCAGUGGCAAAAACAAAGGAAAACCUAAUACCAAACCUUAUCUACCUACAAGAAAAUUAAGAGAAUUGAAACUUGCAUUUUCAGAGUUCUAUCUUUCUCUCAUACUUUUACAAAACUACCAAAAUCUUAAUUAUACUGGAUUUCGUAAAAUUCUUAAAAAGCAUGAUAAGUUAUUGUCUGUGGAUAGUGGUUCAAAAUGGAGAGUAGAAUGUGUAGAAAUAGCUCAUUUCUAUACUUCAAAAGAUAUAGAUAAGCUUAUACAAGAAACAGAGACAACCGUAACAAAUGAUCUUGAAGGUGGAGAUAGGCAACGUGCUAUGAAAAGACUUCGUGUGCCACCUCUAGGUGAACAUCAGAGCCCGUGGACUACUUUUAAAGUGGGAUUAUUUUCUGGAAGCUUUAUAAUCCUGUUUAUAGCGGUUGUUCUCUCAGCAAUAUUCCAUGAGAGUGGAGAAAAUUUGAAAGUAGCAUUUCGUUUGUACAGAGGACCAUUGCUUAUCAUUCAAUUUUUAUUUCUCAUUGGUGUUAAUGUUUAUGGUUGGAGAUCCUCAGGGGUAAAUCAUGUCUUAAUAUUUGAAUUGGAUCCACGGAAUCAUCUGUCCGAACAACAUCUUAUGGAAUUGUCUGCAGUACUUGGAGUAGUAUGGACAUUAAGUCUAUUAAGUUUCCUUUACAGUGCUAGUCUUAGUAUUCCGCCAUAUGUAAAUCCUUUAGCUCUUGUCUGUCUUAUGCUGGCAUUUUUUCUGAAUCCAUUCAAGAUCUUUCGCCAUGAAGCACGUUUUUGGUUACUCAAAAUCAUUGGUCGUGUUUUGGUAUCCCCAUUUGCAUACGUUAAUUUCGCAGAUUUUUGGUUAGCUGAUCAAUUAAAUAGUUUGACUACCGCUCUAUUGGACUUUCAUUUUUUAACAUGUUUUUACAUCACUAAUGGUAAUUGGCUUGAAGCAGGGAAUACAAAGCAAUGUACAUCAGGAUCUUUGAUCCUCAGACCUAUUGUUAAUUGUCUACCGGCUUGGUUUCGUUUUGCACAAUGCUUACGAAGAUAUCGUGAUUCCAAAGAAGCAUUUCCGCAUUUAGCAAAUGCUGGAAAAUAUUCAACUACCUUUCUAGUUGUUAUAGCUAAUACAUUACAUAAUUAUCAUCAAGGUGAAUAUAGUAAUCAAUGGGAGAAUCCAUGGUUAUGGUCUUGGGUGGCAAGUUGCGUUGUUAAUUCAGUAUAUUCUUAUACAUGGGAUCUUAAAAUGGAUUGGGGUCUUCUGGAUAAUAAUGCUGGUGAAAACCGAUUUUUAAGAGAGGAAGUUGUUUAUUCUGCAGCAGGCUUUUAUUAUUUUGCGAUAAUAGAGGAUUUUGUGUUAAGAUUUAUAUGGGUCGCAAGUUUCAUUUUAAUACAAUGCGGACAUAUUUCCAAUGACUUAAUGACAUCUAUAGUUGCACCUCUUGAGGUUUUUAGGCGUUUUAUUUGGAAUUUCUUUCGAUUGGAGAACGAGCACUUGAAUAAUUGUGGUAAAUUUCGUGCUGUACGCGACAUUUCCAUAGCACCAAUCGAAAGUUCUGAUCAAACGCAAAUUCUUCGUAUGAUGGAUGAUGAAAAUGGUGUACUAAACAGAGGUAAACGUAAAGGUGGUGGUAAAAAGCAAGUAAAUACCAAGGAAGAAAAGAGAGCAUUGCUUAAGGAAACUAUUGAUAUUGAUAUAUCGAAUGCUAGUUAAAAUUAAUAGCAUUUUGUAGAGUUUCUUGAACUAUGGAUGAUUAAGCAAUAUUAAUUCGAUUUUGUAUAAAACGUUAUAUCUACAGUAUACGUACAUAUAUAAAUAACAUAAUCGAAGACUACAAAGGUAAUGCAAUGCGUGUUAUGUGCCUUUUGUAUUAUUCCUAUAAAAUAUUCUCUAUUAACGUGUAAAUACUUAAUGGGAUAUGUCAUAAUAUUUUAUGAGUCAAGAGUCUUCCACUAUAAGAAUUUAAAAGGCACUUUAGAACAUGAUGGGUUUAUAUUAAUUUGUUAAUUUUCAUCUAGUGAGUACAAUCUUCGAUAUUUAUUAACAUAUACAUGCAUAAGUUUAAUUAAAGUUAUAUUAAAAUUUAAAGUGAAAGAGAAGUGAGCUCAUUCCAAAUGUUUGCGUUCCAAUCCCUUUUUCAUAUUCUAUGCAUAUGUAUAUGUAUAUCUAUAAUAAUAUUCGCAUACAUUACACAUUCAAUAUAAAAAUAUAUGUUAAUAGUUUAAUAAUAAAGGUACCUUUUAUAUAGUCUGUUUAAAAUAUACAAAUACGCUUAGUGGUAAAUAAUUAAAUUUAAAUUCCAUAAGGGACACAAGGUGUAGUAUGUAAAAAUUAUAAAUGAAUGAUGCAAUUAUAGGUUUAAUUACAUUAUUCACAUUAUGAUCACUUAAAUAGUACUUUAAAUAGUAAGACAAUAUUAUAGACAAUUUUGUUUAAUAUUAUUCUUUACUGUAACAAAUUUCAAAAAGCUCAAUAUUACUUGUUUGAAACAUUGAAAAAACCAUAACUUAUCAAAUGCUUGUGAUUAGCCAAACUAAAAAUUAAAAUCUAUGUUUAAUCAUCGUUGAUCUUU